AUGUGUGAACAAACCAAACGAUAUUUUUCUCCACGUCUUGUUGAUUAUGUGAUUAUAGUUGGUUGUCGUCAUCCAAAUAAAUUUAAUCAUGUAACACAAACUCCUGAAUUACUUCGUCGUUAUCCAUUAGAAGAUCAUAAAGAUUUUGCUCUACCACCUGAUGUUAUAUUCUUUUGUCAACCAGAAGGUUGUAUUAAUAUUGGUCAUCAACGUACAGGCUUACAACAAGUAACAUCAUUUGUAUUUACAUUAACUGAAAAAGAUUCAAAUCGACAACGUUUUGGUAUAUGUAUUAAUUUUUAUCGUCAUUUUUCUCGACGUCGAUGCUCAAUUCAUAAUCAUAAUCAACCAAAAUCAGAUCGUAUUGAUUCAUCUGAUGAAAAUGUUAGUACAACUAAUCAGUCAACAAUAAAAAAUGAUCAGAUAGGAAUUGAUGGAUCGGAAAAUCUUGAACGUAAACGUAAAAAACGUUUAAGAAAUAAUACAUUAACAUCUAUAUGUCUUAUCAGUCAUCAUCCUUUUUUUACACGUUUUCGUGAAUGUCUUAUUACGUUAAAAACUAUUAUUGAUGCUUGUAAUGAACGUUCAUGCGCAAAACGUACUGGUGCAUCACGAGGAAUGUCAAGAGAAACUGUCUGGAAUAUUUUAACAGGUCAGGCAUGCGACAAUACAUCAAAUUUAGUUGCUCGUGAACUUCGAGAAAUUGAAAUAUGGAUAUUACGAUUAUUAAGUGCACCUGUAUCAAUUCCAGGCAAAACAAAAAUUUUAAUUGAAACGCUUCCUAAUGAACCACCAAUGUUAUUUGCUUUACCGGAUCAUACAAGAUUUUCACUAGUCGAUUUUCCUCUUCAUUUACCACUUGAACUAUUAGGAGUUGAUUUAUGUAUACGUGUAUUAACAUUAAUUAUGCUUGAAAGCAAAGUUGUUUUUCAAUCAAGAGAUUAUAAUGCAUUAACAAUGAGUAUUUUAGCAUUUGUUGCAUUACUAUAUCCACUUGAAUAUAUGUUUCCUGUCAUUCCAUUAUUACCAACAUGUAUGACUGGUGCUGAACAGCUUUUACUUAUUCCAACUCCAUUUAUAAUUGGUGUACCAGCAAGUUUUUUUCCUUAUAAAGGAAUGGGAUCGAAAAGAUUUGAUGACAUAUGGAUUGUUAAUCUCGAUACAAAUCAAAUUAUAUCACCACGUCAUGCUGAACCAUGUUUUGACAUUCCAGAAUAUGAAUAUAAUAUCUUAAGUAAUCAUUUAAAACAAGCAUUAGGUAGUAUGUCAGCAGAUAUUGAACCAAAUCAAAAUUUCGAUACAAUAUUAGAUGAUAAAUCUCAUAUGAAUAAUGAAAAACUUCUAGCAUUAAAAACAGAAAAUUCAUUUGUAUAUGGUAAUGAUAUUGAUUCAGUUGAUGUUGCUGCAAGAGUAGCUAUGGUGAGAUUUUUUCAUUCACCAAAUAUACUUGGAAGUUUUAAUGAACAUACAAGAACAUUAAAAUUACAUCCACGUGCUGUUGUUGCUUUUCAAUAUACUAGUUUUAUACGAUCAAGACCAGUUAAAUCAGCAUUUAUUGUUCGAUUAGCUAAAACUCAAGCAGUGGAAUUCUUUGCAGAAUGGUCACUUUGCCCAGAGAAUGUUACAUUUUUACGUAUACAAACAGGUAUAUAUGAUCCAGCUUUAAUUGGUGAUAAACCAAAAUGGUAUAGUCGAAGUUUAACAGCAAUAUCUUUUAACAUAAUCGAUGAAAAUAGUACACUUGGUCAAGCAGUUAUGUCUCUAAAAGCCAAAUCUAAUGAUACUGAACAAACUCCAACAGAUGAAAGUGGAAGUGAUUCUGAAGAAGAAGAAGAAGAUAGUCUAAAUUCUUGUUAUUCAUCAUUGAGUGAUUUCGUCACUGAAAUGCGUAAUAGUGACAUAUGUGGAGAAAUUCGAGAAAAUAGACUUUAUCCAGAAAAUCAAGAAAAAACAGCUUAUGUUGAAUAUGCAAGUAUUUAUAAUCCACCAGACGAAUUACAAAUACCUGAAAAUAUGAAUAAAAAUACUCAUAUCAUUGAAGCUAAUCAAUCAAUGAGUGAAUCAACCAUAAGUUCAAAUUCAAAUUCAACAUUUCAUUCACCUACUGAAGAAAAUAGAAAUAUGUAUAUAGGUAAUUUAUCAGAAACAAUCCAUGAAAUUGAUUCAGUAUCAAGUUCAACUACAAUAACACCUAUUACAAAAAAUUUUCCAAAACCACUUUUUGAAAGAAGAACAUCUCAAACUGAAACAAAAUCUGCACAAUCAUCACCUAUAGGACAUCGUCGUAAAGUUCUAUCAAAUAUUUUACUACAGAAAAGUUUUGAUCUAGAAAAUAAUCUAUUAAUGGAACAAGUUAAUAAUGAAAAUAAUUCAUCUAUGACUGAUAAAUCUCUUUGUACUAUAUCAAAAAUAACAACAAAUCGAACUUCGGAAUUAUUACCAUCUUCUAAUCGACCAACACCACCAUUUCCAUUUUCAAAACAAAAUCGUAAAAUAGAAAAAUCAACUUUAAUGAAACAUGGUAUACAGAAUUUUAAUACAAUUAUGGCAAAUCGACAACGAGAUUUUCUUCGACAACAAAGUGUUGAAACAAAAGCGAAUACUCAUAGUGAUAAUCAACAAUUUUUAAAAGAAAUUAUUACAAAUGUUACUGAUGGAUUAGGUAUUGGAUGGUUAAAAAUAAAUCGUGUAAAAAAAUUAAUGGAAGAUGAAAACUAUAGAAAUUUUGUUCUUAGUAGACUUAAUAUUAAUUUGGAUAAAAAAUAUUCAGAUGAAGAUGAUCAUAUUGAAGAUGUGAAAGUCAGUCGAGCAGUAUUUAAAGGUAUGACAUAUAUUUUACGAGCAGUUAUACAAGGACUUGAAGCAACAUUUGAAAAUAAUGGUGUUGGUGGUAUGGCAUCAACAUUUCAAUUACUUGAAAUAGCUCAUACACAUUAUUGGGUGAAAGAUACGACAAUACGAACUGAUUUAAGUCCAAUGUCUGAACGGAAUAGUCCACUUAAUGGUAGUCGAGAGAGUUUAACAUCAGUUGAUCCAAAUAUUUCAUCCAAUCCAACAAAUUUUUCAUCGAAUAUAUUACCAAAUAAUUUAAUAAGUCCAACUGCGAGUUUUGUUUCACAAUUAGGAAGUUUCUGGCGUGAAUCAAAAUCAGUACUUGCACGUAGUUAUGCAACUGCAACACAAGCAACAAUGGCUUUUGCACCAAAUGUUGAAUCAUAUACAAAUUCAUUCUAUUCAACAAUUACUGAUAAUUCAUCAUUACCACCCAAUGAUAAUCCUACUGAUCCAUUAUCACCAUCAAAACAACCCAAUUCAAUAAUGAAUAGUUUCCACCAAUCAACCGAUUCAGUUGAUGUCAAUGGAGAUGAUUAUCAAAAUAUAGAAAUUCCAUUAGAUUCUACUGGUACAUCACCGCCUGUCAUUGUUGAUAUUAAUGAUUCAAAUCAAGCGAUAAUAGAUCAACAAGAUCGACCUGAUACAUUGAAUUUAACGAUUAACCAAAAUCCAAAAACUCUUAUUAAUAUUUCACGUAUUGGUUCAAUUACAACUGAUGAAGAAAGUGGAGCAGAUUCUGUUUCAUCAAGUCGACGUGAAUCAAAAUUAAAUCCUAUUUCUCGACAAACAUCAAAUCAAUGGAAUGAUGAGAAAUUAAAAAUAAGACGUUUAUCAACGGCAUCAACAAUUAAAAGUUCAUUCUCUGCUGGAUACAGAUUUCGAAAUGGAACUUUAGUACAAGUAGCUGAACCUAUUACUGUAUCAAUCAAUGAUAAACAAUAUUUAUUUGAAGUUCUUAUUAAUAGUUCACGUAGUCAUUUAUGGGAUCAAAUGCAAAUAUGGGAAGAUGUUUUUCUUGAUGCUGUUGCACAAGAACGUGAUAUUAUUGGUCUUGAUCAAGGUCCAGCUGAAAUGAUGGAACGUUAUUAUUCAUUAUCAGAUUCCGAUCGAAAACGUCUUGAAUUAGAUGAAGAUCGUUUAUUAGCUGUAAUGCUUUAUAAUUUAAUCGCAUUUAUGGUCAUGAUGCGUGUUAGUAGAGAAGAAAUCCAUCGAAAAAUUCGUCGAAUGCUUGCUCGUUGUCAUAUUGGUUUAACAAUGAGUCAACAAGUUAAUGAACUAAUUGAUAAUAUAUCUAAUUUAAAUGGUAAUGAUAUUGAUUUAAGACCAGUAGGUAGUCGUCUGUUACAAAAACAAAGUUUUACUGUUCAUUGGGGAACAGAUAAUACUGGUGAUAUGUUAUUUAUGGAGGUAUGGGAUGAUUGUCUUAUUCUUCGAAGUGUACUUGGUGAAGUUUAUGAUCGAUGUUGGUUUGAAAAAGUUAUUAAUAUGACAUUUUCUCCAAAAACCAGAGUACUUUGUCUAUGGAGAAAAGUCGAAGGUGAAACGCAACUGAUAAAAUUUUAUACAAAACGGUGUCGAGAUUUAUAUUUUUCAAUAAAAGAAGCAAUGGAAAAAGCAGCCUCUCGAAUGAAAGGAACAUUACCCGAUCAAGAAAUUGGCGGAGAAUUUCCAAUUAAAGACGUAAAUACGAAUGAAGGUGGACUUCUACGAGUUUGUCUCGAAGGCAUUUGUUUAACAUUUGAACAUGAUAAAGAAUUUAUUGAAUUACAAAAAAUUCGUAAAUGUACAACACAAAAAGGCGAUAUAUUUGUUUUAGAAGAAUUUGUACAAACUCGAUAUACUGAUCAAAGACAGUCGGAUGUUGAACUUGAUACGACAAAUGAACAAAAUGCAAAAGAACUUUCUUUUGAACAAUAUCUUAAAUUAUUAAUAUCUCUGCAAAAUCAACAAGCAAAUAAUGACGAUAAUGUGAAUAAUAGUGAUGAAUUAUCAUCAAGUAGUACCGAUGAUGAUGAUGAUAAACCAUUAUCGAAACGUGGUUUCUUUCUAUUUCCUGAUCGACGUUCAACUAAACGACAAAAUCGACCCAUCUAUACAUAUGGGAAAAAAUCUCAUUGGGAUACAUUUUUUGGAUAA